AUGCGCACAGUAAAACAGUUAUCAAUAGAAAAUGAAGUUUUACGACAAUAUUCGGAUCUGCUUGAUCAAGUAUUAAAAAAGUCGUGGAUACCUGAAGUAAUGUGUGCAACAAUGUUUGGAUUGUUCUGGAUAUUGAAUCCAUUGACUUUGGGGCUUUUGUAUUGGCGUGCUUUAAUUCUUGUUGAAAAAAAUGAACUAGACAUGAGCGAUGUUGUUAUGAUUUCUGCUUUUGGAAUGUUCGCACUAGAAUCACUAAAAGUUGUUGGAAUGUUGUAUGCUAUACUACUUAUGUUUUGUUCUUGCUUUUGUCAUUUUCGUUUUAGAGGAAAACGUAUUGGUGCAUCAUUUGCCGCUGCUCACGCUUUUUUUGAUCUAUUUGAUCGAAUACCAACUAUUGAUAAUGGAUCAAACAAAGGACAAGAAUUAAUUAACUUUAGUGGAGAAACAGAAUUUAAUCAAAUUAAAUUUAUUUAUCCAACUCGUCCAACAGUUCUUGUUCUUAAUAAACUUCAAUUAUCUAUUAAAUCAGGUCAACGUAUAGCUCUUGUUGGUGCAUCUGGAUGUGGAAAAUCAACAAUAGUUCAAUUAUUAGAACGAUUUUAUGAUGUUACACAUGGACAACUGAUUCUUGAUGGUAUUGAUAUUCGAAAAUUAAAUCUUCAAUGGCUACGUUCUCGCCUGGGUGUUGUUAGUCAAGAACCAGUUUUAUUUGAUUUAACAAUUGCUGAAAAUAUAUCAUAUGGAUUAGAAAAUAUACCAAUGGAUGAGAUUGUUCUUGCUGCAACUAAAGCUAAUAUUCAUCAAUUUAUUCAACAAUUACCUCAAGGAUAUGAAACAAAAGUUGGAGUCAAAGGUAGUUUUUUAUCAGGUGGUGAAAAACAACGUAUUGCUAUUGCUCGAGUUCUUAUUCGUCGACCUAAAAUACUGUUAUUAGAUGAAGCGACAAGUGCUAUGGAUCCAUACAAUGAACAAAUAGUACAGGUAACUCUUGAACAAGCUCAAACAGAAGAUCCUAGUCGAACAUCAAUUAUUAUUGCACAUCGUCUUACAACAAUACGUUCAUGUGAUUUAAUCCAUGUACUUGAAAUGGGUCGUAUAGUAGAAAGUGGUACUCAUACAGAACUAAUAGAAAAACAUGGAAUUUAUUAUAAAAUGUUAAAUGCUCAAAACAACGUACAAUAA